AGGUAAACCCUCUAUUACAUAUGGACAUGAGUAGUACUCUCUUCAAGUCUGUAGAAUAACUCAAUUACAAAUACACACUUCUCCCCCAAUCAUCACAAGAUGAUCAUCAACAAUGAUCAUUAUCAUCAAAUAGCAAUUAUGGAUACCUCCAACAAUCGGCAAAGCCACACGCCAACAAGCCGAUCAUCAGACUCCGGCGAGCCACCUUCUACUGCUGCUGCCACCGCCACCGCCACCGCUCCGGCAGAUAACAAAUGGGCUUCAAGGCUUCUUAAGGAGUGUGCAAGAGCCAUCUCAGAUAAGGACUCCACCAAAAUUCACCAACUACUUUGGAUGUUGAAUGAGUUAGCAUCUCCUUAUGGAGAUUGUGACCAGAAAUUGGCUUCUUAUUUCUUGCAAUCCUUGUUUUGCAAGGCGACCGGUUCCGGGCGGAGAUGCUACAAAACCCUAACUUGUGUAGCUGAGAAGAGCAACUCCUUUGAUUCAGCUAGGAAGUUAAUACUCAAGUUCCAAGAGGUAAGUCCAUGGACAACUUUUGGUCAUGUAGCUUCAAAUGGUGCAAUCUUGGAAGCCUUAGAUGGUGAAACCAAGCUUCACAUAAUUGAUAUAAGCAACACCUUUUGCACUCAAUGGCCUACUCUAUUGGAAUCCUUGGCAACAAGAAACGACGAGACGCCUCGAUUGAAGCUCACAGUUGUUGUAACUGCAUCUAUUGUAAAAUCAGUCAUGAAGGAGGUAGGCCAAAGAAUGGAGAAGUUUGCAAGGUUGAUGGGAGUUCCAUUUGAAUUCAAUGUAGUGAGUGGUUUAGACCACUUCACAAAGGAAAGUCUAGGAGUUCAAGAUGAUGAAGCUAUAGCUGUGAAUUGUAUUGGGGCCUUAAGAAGAGUUGAAGUUGAAGAAAGAGUUGCUUUGAUCCAAUUAUUCCAAUCACUUAAGCCUAAAGUUGUGACAAUUGUUGAAGAAGAAGCAGAUUUCACAAGCACAAGACAUGACUUUGUGAAGUGCUUUGAAGAAUGCCUUAGAUUCUUCACAUUGUACUUUGAGAUGUUAGAGGAGAGCUUUGUCCCAACUAGCAAUGAAAGGUUGAUGUUGGAGAGAGAGUGUUCAAGGAGCAUAGUCAAGGUUUUGGCUUGUGAUUAUGAUGGUGAUGGUGAUGGUGAUGAUGAUGAGAAUGAGAAUGGUAGUAAUGCUAAUAGUAAUAAUGGAGAAGAAGAGUGUGAGAGGAGAGAGAGAGGAAGCCAAUGGUGUAAGAGAAUGAAAGAUGCUGCAUUUUCACCAGUUGGGUUUAGUGAUGAUGUUGUGGAUGAUGUGAAAGCAUUGUUGAAGAGAUAUAAAGAUGGAUGGUCACUUAUGGUACCAAAAUCAGGAGGAGGAGGAGAUGGUGAUGAUGAUAAUAAUACUCAAAUUCAUGAUCAAUCAUCAGGAGUUUACUUAACAUGGAAAGAUGAGCCUGUUGUAUGGACUUCAGCAUGGAAACCCUAGAAAGAAGUUAUAUGGCCAAACAAUAAUAUGUUCUAUAUAGCCUGCGGGUAUAUCUAUAUGUUUGCUUUGAUGGGAAUGGGAGUAGCUACUAGCUAGCUAUCAAAACCUUUCAUUGCUUUCUUCUCAUUUAUGCAACUUUAUAUGCUUGGGAGUUUGUGCUUUACUUUUUUUUCCCCCUCCUUUUAGAGCACUAAUUGUUCUCUUGUUUGUACAAUUUCCCAUUUGGAUUUCUUCCUCAAUAACCUUCUCCUCAACCCUUAUUGUAUCUAUAUUUAUUCACAAGGAACUGAGAUUAAAUGUGUUUAAU